AUGGACCCCGCAAAGCCUGUCGAGCUCCCUGAGCGGCCCAAGGAGGCUGAGCCCCAGGCUGAACCUGAGGGCGAGCCGAAGAUGUCCAAGGCCGCGGCCAAGAAGGAGGCUAAGAAGGCCGCAAAGAAAGCAGCUCAGAAGGAGAACAGCUCCCGCCCCAAGGAGAACAAGCCUAAGCCUGCCAAAGCACCUAAGGAAGCUGAGACCCGAGACCCUGAAGCGAUGUUCAAGGUUGGCUUCCUGCAAGAUGUCUACAACGAACGACCUCUUUCCGAAACGAUUCCCAAGAUCCGUACCCGUUUCCCGCCUGAGCCUAACGGAUUCCUCCACAUCGGACACAGCAAGGCCAUUGCGAUCAACUUUGGUUUCGCAAAGUACCACGGUGGUGAGUGUAUCCUUCGUUUCGACGAUACCAACCCCGAGGGCGAGGAGGAUCGAUAUUAUAAUGCUAUUCGGGAUAUCGUCAACUGGUUGGGAUUCACGCCGGUGCGGGAAACUUGUGCGAGCGAUAACUUCGAUAAGCUCUACGAGCUUGCGGAGGACCUUAUCAAGCGUGGCGGAGCUUAUAUGUGCUACUGCACGAAAGCAGAGAUCAAGGCAGGACGUGGAGAGUCCGAGAGCGGACAACGUGGCGGAGAUCGUUUCGCUUGCGCGCAUCGCGACCAGGACCCCGAAACAACGCUCGCCGAGUUCCGGGCGAUGCGCGAUGGCAAGUACAAGGCUGGAGAGGCCUGUCUGCGCAUGAAACAGGCUUUGCUGGAAGACCCGCGGGCCCAGAUGUGGGAUUUGGUUGCUUGGCGUAUCACGGAGAAUGAAGAGAAAGCCCAGCACCACCGCAGUGGUGGCACAUGGAAGAUCUACCCGACAUACGACUUUGCGCACUGCUUGUGUGAUAGCAUUGAAGGCAUUACACACUCCCUGUGCACGACUGAGUUCGAGCUAUCCCGUGUCUCUUACGAUUGGCUCAACGAGAAGUUGGAUGUCUAUCGCCCUAUGCAGCGCGAGUACGGCCGUCUCAACAUUACUGGCACUGUCCUUUCCAAGCGCAAGAUUAUCAAGUUGGUCAAGGAAGGCCAUGUCCGCGACUGGGAUGAUCCGCGUCUAUACACCCUCAUUGCCCUGCGCCGCCGUGGUGUUCCCCCAGGUGCUAUUCUUUCCUUCGUCAACGAACUCGGUGUGACCAAGGCUGUCACCAACGUGCAGAUGCACAGAUUCGACCAGAGCGUGCGCGUCUUCCUCGAGACUACCGUUCCCCGCUUGAUGGUCGUCACUGAGCCCUUGAAGGUGGUCAUCGACGAUCUCCCCGACGACCACGAGGAAUUCGUCGAGGUUCCCUUCGGCAAAGACGCCUCCUUUGGCACUCACUCCGUUCCCUUCACCAAGACCGUGUACAUUGAGCGCUCCGACUUCCGUGAGGUUGACUCUCCCGACUACUUCCGUCUGGCCCCCGGCAAGACCGUCGGCCUCCUCAAGGUCCCCUACCCCAUCACCGCCACAUCCUUCGAGAAAGACCCCGCAACCGGCGCCGUCACCGUCGUGCACGCCAAAUACGAGAAGCCCGCCGAAGGCGAGACCGCCCCGCGCCCAAAGACUUUCAUCCACUGGGUUGGCGAGUCAGCCAAACACAACAGCCCUAUCCGUGCCGAGAUCCGCGCUUUCAACUCCCUCUUCAAGUCUGAGGAUCCCUCUGCGCACCCGGAUGGCUUCCUGGCCGAUAUUAACCCUAAUUCGGAGGAAAUCUACAAGGACGCGAUGAUUGAGACGGGUUUCAAUGAAAUUCGUCGUACGGCGCCCUGGCCCAAGGCUGCGGGCGAGGGUGACGUCGAGUCUAACCUGCACUGCGUGCGUUUCCAGGGCAUGCGUAUUGCGUACUUUGCUGUUGACCGCGAGUCGACGGCUGAUAAGGUUAUUUUGAACCGCAUUGUUACUCUUAAGGAUACUCAGGGCAAGAACUGA